AUGCUCGACAACCUUGACUCAUACAUCGACUGGCUACCAAUUUUGCGGGCUCGGGCUAUCUUGAGGGUCUCCCACAACGAUCACUUCAAAGUCUACGUCAUCAAGGAGUACCUCGCGGAUCCUUACAAAGCCCAUGUUACAAACAUCCAGCAGGUUAUUGACCGCUGGAAUGACUCCUGGGAUGCCGUGCUAUGUGCAGAACCCUGCCCUUUGGAGAGGGUUUCCUUGAAAGUCGCAAUCGAUGGAGUCCAGUUCGACUUCAAGCCGGUAAACAAGUGGCUGUCAAACGUGAAUCUGGUGGACAAGUUUUUGCGUGAGCUGAAGUGGAAGUACGCUGGUCAUUGGAAUGCUCGCGUCGCAAUACGCUAUGAUGACCUCGAGAAGUGGACGCAAUCGCAGAGCAUCCCCUUCAAGGAAGUCCAUGUUGUGGAUCACUACAGUGGUUUCUGCUCAUAUGCCAACUGGCUCCCAAUCAUGCGGGCACGGGCUACCUCCAACAGCCCAUCUCGCAUCCAACUUCACUGUAUCGGCGCAAUGCCAAAUGAUCACCCCCCAUCGCGGUAUACUUCGACCUUUCCCACAAAGGCUAUAGACGAUUUCAAAGAGAACCUCCAGGAACUCCUCGACCAGCAAAGCGGACCUCUAAUGAACUUGUUACGCAAAGAACCUUGCCCACUGGAAAAGGCACUCUUCGGUGUUCUCGAUAGUUGUAUCCUGUUGGAGUUCAAGUCAAAGCCAAAGCAACUCGGAAUGAGAGGUGAGAGCUCGGAGACCAUGUUCCUUCAGGAGCUGGGGUUUGGAGGCUGCCCCCCCGAGCAUUCCCAAGUCAACUACGACGGCACCUGGGUCGUGCGACUACACUAUAACUAG